CUGGGCUUCGAAAACUAAGUCCUCACGGUUAAACCAGAAAAACGGUCGUUUUUAUAAUUGUUUCAACGAUCAAUGGCAACGAAACGAAUUCAAAAAUUGUAUUGUAACCUGGGACCAGUGGUCGAAUUCCAAGAAGCUGAAGUAGUCAAUAUUACAACAAAUAUCACCCAAAAUUUUACACCGAAAGUGAGUCCCGAUCCAAUUUUCUUCAGAGUUCAGAGUCCCGUUAUCCAUUUUGUUGGAAGAUCAUCCGAACUGCGUCGCUUAGAAGAUGCCUUGGGAAUAACACCGAAUUCAUCCUCAACACCGUCGCAUAUAAUUGCCGUCUCCGGACUGGGUGGUAUUGGGAAGACUCAACUGGUUCGAAAGUUCAUAAAAAAAAAUCGAUUGUCCUACAGGAAUGUGAUUUGGAUCAACUCCGAAAGGAAUGAAUUGAUCAUUGAAUCGCUUAAAACGCUGGCAAGAGACGAGUUGAAUAUACCGUUAACUCAUGAAGAUGGGCGAGAGAAAGACUUUAAUUCCGUCGUUGGACAAUUGCUGAACAGACUUUCGCAAACAAAGACGUUGUUUGUGAACGAUAACGUGGAUGAAAUUGAAAGUAUCAAAUUUUUGCUGACAACAGAAACGUCCGGAGAAAAGCCUCAUUUUAUAAUCACAUCGCGGAUUAGGGAGUGGGGUGAUGGUAUUGAUGUUAUUCACCUGGAUGCAUGGAACGUUUCUGAUGCCAUCGAAUAUGUGGCGACAGUGCUGAACCAUCCAAUCGACUCUGAUAAUGACAAAUUGCUAUUGGUGGAUCGAUUGGAAGCCUUUCCUUUGGCAUUGCGGCAAGCAACAGCCUACAUCAAAUAUCAACGGAAGGAAGAACCAGUUUACCGAAUUGUCGAUUACGUUGAAAAAUAUCAAACGCAGGAAAUGCUUGACUGUAAGUUGUUCCAAAAGGAUGCGUUAAACAUUUAUGAAAAGACAACGUUCACAACUUGGAGAGUCACAAUUGAUGCCAUCGAGCAAGAUGCAAAGUACGGCCGUCUAGCUGCUAGGAUUCUGCAUGUUAUUGCGUUUUUCGAUCCGGACAACAUUCAGAGAAGCGUAUUUUUCGUUCACUUUACCCUCGGCAAUGAAGAGCAUGUCCGAGCAGCCAUUAAUCUGCUCGUCAACUAUUCAAUGGUCGAUUGCCAGGAAAGCAAGAGUGUAUUAAAUGUUCACAGAUUGGUUCAACAAGUAAUCAAAUUAAAAUUGCAAUCGACGCAUCAAGAGAGCCUAAUUCUCGAAGAUGGUCUGAUGCUCAUGGCAAAGCUCAUAGAAUCGGAAAACUUGAAGGGGAACCAUUCACAUGCAAUAUCCAUUUUUCUUGCUGCAUUAAAAUUUGACACUUUGGUUGAACAGUUUAGUGCAAUGCCACAUUCAAUUUUCGUCAAUCUGAUGGAAGGGGGUGAAUUCAAUCGGGCUAAGACAUUUGGAGAUAAAGUUUUGCAGUCAUUCAAGAAUCUAUUCGGAGAAAAUCACCCGAAAACACUCGAGGUGACUCUCACCACAGCUCACUCAUUUAGACAACUCGGAUUGCAUACUAGCGCACUGCAAAUGUACCAGAACGUACUUGAGAAACGGGAGAUUCAUUUGGGAGAAGAUCACCCAGACACACUUACAACGAGAUUUUCUACGGCUUGGUCUUACAGACAACUGGGAAUGCAUUCUGAAGCAGUCGUAAUGUAUCAAAAGGUGUUAAAGAAAUGGAAAGAAAAGUUCGGCGAUGAUCAUCCAAAGACCCUUACAUGCGAAGCUAACAUAGCCUUUUCAUACAGGGAGCUGGGAAUGCACGACAAGGCACUUCAAAUGUACCAAGAGGUUUUCGGGAAGCGUCAAAACAGUUUAGGAGACGCUCAUCCAGAAACACUGAUAACGGAAUUUAACAUAGCCGAAUCUUAUCGAGCAUUGGGAAUGAACACCGAAGCAGCUCAAAUGUAUCCAGACAUUCUAUUGAAAUGGGAACGUGGUAUCGGAGAAAAUCACCCAGACACGCUCAUAGCCAAAGGUAACAUAGCAACUGCAUACAAAGACCUGGGAAUGUAUGCGAAGGCACUGGAAAUGUACCAAGAAGUUUAUGACAAAGAGAAGAUUAUUUUGGGAGAAGAUCAUACAGACACUCUGAAGAGCAAGUCGAAUGUAGCCCUUUUGUACGACGAGCUGGGCAUGCAUACUAAAGCACUAGAAAUGUCAGAGGAAGUUUUUGAAAAGUUCAAGAAAAUUUUGGGAGAAGAUCAUCCAGAAACGCUCACAAGUAAAUUGAAUCUGGCUCAUUCAUACAAAGAACUGGGUCUGAAGACUCAGGCACUUCAAAUCUAUCGAGAAGUGUAUGAGAUUGAAAGAACAACUUUAAGAGAAGAUCAUCCCGACAAUCUUAUAAGUAAAUCUAACAUAGCCCUUCUUUUAGGAGAGCUUGGAAGUCAUUCCGAAGCCCUGGACAUGUCGGAAAGGGUGUUAGAACAAAUCAAGAAUGUAUUGGGAGAAAAUCAUCCGAGCACUCUCAUCAUUCAAUCCAAUAUCGCAGGCUUGUAUAAUGAAUCGGGUAUGAAGUCUGAGGCUCUUGAAAUGUUUAAAGAUAUUUUCGAAAGACAUAAAAAAAUUGUAGGAGAAGACCAUCAACGCACACUAACAAUUGAGUCAAAUGUAGCCCUCUUAUAUGGUGAACUGGGAAUGAAAUCCCUUGCACAUAAAAUGUUUGAGGAAGUAUUUGAGAAGCGAAAGAAGACUUUAGGCGAUGAUCAUCUGAAAACUAUUCAAAGUAAAGCGAAUGUAGCUAAAUUUAAGGGAGACGAGUUUUCUUAUUCGUCAAGAAGUUUCUUAUCAUUUCGGGUUUCUCAGAAAAUACUCUCCUUCCUCAUCUUUUGUUCCCUAUUUGCUGGUGUUGAUGGGACUUUAAAUUAA